AUGGAUAGUGUAAGUAACAGUAAAUCCAAAUAGGAUCAAUUCUUUUCUAAAGAUGAUCCAUCAAUUAGGAGAUUCCUGCAAAUUUCAACUCACAAUGACGGCUAUAAUGACAUCGACCUAAAUUUUCCAAACAGCCAAAAAUCAGGGGGCUCUCAUUUGAUGCCUUAUUCAAAGAAAUUUGAGCACAUUAUAGCCAUACCUGGCGAGGAACGGUAGUUUUUAAGAGAUGAUGUUAAGCCAUUGACUAUGGAGACGAGAAAGCUGAAAUCGUCACAGAUUAAAUCAGCAACUCCGUCCAAUAUAGUAAGCCCAACCUCCAUGGUAGAUAAACCGUAAUCUACAAAAGAAGGACUGCUUAUUAGAAACCAAUUUAAAUUACCGGUAGUUUUGCAACAAACAGAAAAUUUGCAGAGCUUUAUUUACUAACUUGAGGCACUAAAGGCUAAAAUGAGCGCCUUUGACGACUAUCUGAUUGAAUCUAGGCAAUUUAUGAGAAGCACCGAUUAUCUUUCUUAAGAAGAAUUCUAGGUGCAUAUUUAAUCUAUCCUCAAAGAAGUUUAGCUUUAGGUUGAGAAUAAAAUGGAAAAUGUAUUUAUAAAGCUAAAGGGCAGAGUAGAUGAAAAAUCUAAUAAAGAAGAGGUUGAUAAAACUCUGAGAAUGAAAGCUAAUAGUUCUGAGUAUGACAUUCAUCAUCAUAAUGAAAUGUAUUAUGGAAACAUAACUGACAAAUUUGAAUAAAGAGAGGUUAUUUUAAAGGAAAUUAUGACAAAACUAUUAGACAAAUGCGAUAACACCAAAAUGCAUGAGGUGCUUGUAAGAAUAAAUAAAAUGGAAUCUAUGCUAGGUAUUGAUGAUCUGUCAACAGAUAAGAGCAUUGAGUCCUAUUCUGAGGGAAACUAUGAGGAAAAAGAAUUAUCAGAAAUUGUUCUGACAGAUAUCAAUGCUACUAAUGCCAAAGUCAAUCCUACAACAACUACUUCUCUGCCUGCCUAGACAAAUGAAAACACUUAGGUUGUAAAUAGUAACUCUUCAGAUAAUAACAAGGAUAACGAAACUAUAAAUAAUCAAAUUUCUUCUCCUAAUAACAUGAAUAAAGGCGCAGACAUUAAAGUAGAUUUACUCUCAAAGUAGACCAACCCUCUCUAGGAAUCUAAAUAACCUUCUGAAAAAAUCUUGCCAUUGAAGAAGGCCCACAGAAUUGAAAGAAUUAUGGCUCCUUUCAGUAACUCAUUUGUUGUUGAGACUAACUAUAAUCACCAACUGACUUUGAUGCAAAAGCAAAGUGACGAAAUUACCAUGGUGAACCUAAAGAAAGAUGAUAUCUAACUAGAUGAUUAAGUAAGCCAUUAAGUGGAGUAGGUUAUUAGUUUUAAGAUCCAAGAAACAUAGUAGGAUGACGAUCCACUACAGCAGCAUCAGUUUGAAAUAUUAUCGCCUAAAAUCAAGGACUCUAGGCAUUCUUCUAAAAGGAGCUCUAAAAUUGGAAAUAUAUUAAAGCAGGAAUCAUCGUAGGUAUCAACUAAGAAGCAUAAUAAGACUGAAAUGAAAACUCCAAAUUUCAAAGAGAAAUUACUACUAGCAACAUAAGACCCAAUUGUUGAUUACAAGAAGACCACAAGUCAGCACGAACUAGAACUCACAAAAAGGGACACUCAAAUUUCUAAGACUCAUUUAAAUGUUGGAAUAGGAUUCGAAAGAACUACUAAAAAUGGUGAUGGUCCGUUUAAAAAAAAGAGCAGUUUUGCACAUUAAAAUACAUCAUUUGAUCAGUACUACUAAGAAAUGGCUUUGAAGCAACAGUCAACUCAGGAUGAUGAAGGGCUGCUGAAGAAGUCAAGUCAGGUCUCUAAGUCUAAUGAAGAUGGUAAAAUGUCUCAGAACUCCCAAGGCUCCCCUAGAUUUGCAGGUAUGCUUAAGAAAUAACAAGUUGCUCUCAAGAAAUACUUUGAUGAGAAGUUCAGAGAACUCAAAAUUAGUGGCGGGGAAGAAAGAUUUGCUUAAUUUGAAAUAAAUAUCAAAACAACUUUAGAAAAACUAAAAGAACUUGAACAGCAGAACAAUGAGCAGAAUGAAAGCAUAAAACAGAUGAAGAAGAAUUUCGACAUCAUUACUGUGCAUAAGAAAUACUUCGACGCUUUAGUAGCUAAGCCUGUCGCUUAUGUGGAUAAAAUCAAGCAAUAACUUGUAGAGCAAAUCGACCAGUUAAGUCAAAAGUUAGACACUGAAAUAAAGAUGAAAUUCAGUAGAAUGGUAGAAAUAUCGAGUGAAACCUCCAAGAUGAAUCAUAAGUCUGAGUUAAAACUGCAAAAAAUGGAAAAAUAUCUGUAGAUUAUCAAUGGUGAAAGAGUUGACAUCAAUAAUAUGAAAAAUCUAAUGGAAGAUGUCCUUAAACACAGUGAGGAAUAAAAAAGGGACUUAGUGAGUAUUAAGAGUUAUGUCAUGGAAGCGAAAUUAAAUCAAACAGUCCUAUUCGGUAAUAAACAAGUUCAAGAAAACAAGGGGUUGUUUCAGUAGAACAUAACGAAUAUCAUUAAUAGUAGGAAGGACCCAGCAGAUAGAGAGAUUGAUGGGCUUUAGAAAUAAAUAGAAGGCUAUCAAAGAGAAUUAAAUGUAUGCCAGAAGUAGAAUAGGGAGAUAUUGGCAGACUAUAUGAGACUAUUGGAUGAGAAGAAAUCUUUGAUGAAAUUAAGCAUACCGCAAAAUAUAAUCUCAUCAUCUGAGAUGAACUCAUUCAUGGAGGAUACAUUUAACAAAAACAACAUUAGUUAGAGCAGAUCUCACAAUAUGUAUAAAUCUGUUUAGAGUCACAACCCACUUGCAAGAAAGGAUUCGAAUAGCUUUAAUGCAAAUACUAGCAGGAUAAACACUAACAAUGUGUCUAUGACUAUGUAGAGCACCUCUAGAUAAGUUAAGAAGAAUUAUACCAAUCAUUUAUCCCAAGAAAAACCAAUCAUUGAUGAGGAGAAAUUACACAAUGAGACUUCAAGGUGUCAAGCAAAGUCGAACAUGUCAUUUAACUCAAGUUCUUAGAUGAAGAUACCUUAACUCAAAGAAAUAGAAAAGCUCAAAGACUAGGUGAGCAAGCGCAAAAGCAACUUAAAGAAACGAGAAAAAUCAAGCUAGAAAUCCUUCUAUGAAUUCACCCAGCGAAGCAGUGUGAUUAAAUCCCCAAAAGCUAGGUCUCCCUCAAUGCAAACUAAGCACCACGUGAUGUUCAAUCAGACUUAACUAGGGUUCAAAAAUAAUGCUGAAUCAUCAAACCUGCUGCCAAAGAUUGGCAGCAGUCAAAAUAAAGCAAGUUCGCCCAAGGUCAUGAACUCUAGGGAGCGAAUGAGCAAAAAGAACUCAUCUUCACUGAGCAUAGCGCCUGCAUAAACACCCUCAUUGCUUCAAAAAGCUUAAGCCUUGUAGAAUGCUAAUGGUUCCCAGCACAAUAUUCAAGCCUCGAGUAAAAAUAUGAGUAAUCAGGCAAAGGGAAGGCAAUCAUAGCAUUCAAGGUCUAGUGAGGAAUCUUAAAGUGAAACAAGCAGCGUAAGUCAAUCUAGAGACAUUAAGUAUUCUAUAAUCGAUGAAGACUCUAUUUCUUAGUCAUCUGAUCAUAUACAGAAUGGGCUCUUCUUGAAAAGGGUUGACUAAUCAGUAUCAAACAUGUCAGCUGUAACGAGUCACAGAGAUGGUGUAAGCCAUCACAAUAAAGAAAUAUCAGUGUCUCGAAGAGUUUCCUCUCAAUUUAUUAACCACCAUCUUGUUAAAAAGGAUAAUCAUAGUUGA